AAAAGCAAACGAAGAAGAAGUUACCAAGGUAACGUCAACAUCAUCCCGAGUUGCUAACUUUCUAGCUAGAUAGCGUUUCAACUUAACGUUAGUUGACAUUUCCCUAUAAGUAAUUUAACUGCCUAACUGACAGGCCGCUUCGGCUGGACAUUACACAGACAUUACAUUUGACUGUCGACAAAACGACGAAGAAGGAAUUAAGUUAAAGGCAUUAUGGCGAGUCAGCGGCCUCCGUCCAGCAUUGGCCGUCCUAUGAGCCGCAGUGGAUCUGUGGUCCCUGGUGCUGGGAGACCCCCAACAGCUGUGCGACCUCCUCCUACAGCUAUCCGUGUUGCAACUGGGAUGGUCCCAGGUACAAGUGGUCAUCCUGGCAUGAGGGGCGGUGUCCCCGUCGCCACCCCUGGAGUCCUUUCAGCACAGAUCAAAGUGACUGACAGGCCUGUGACCCAACAGGGGCUCAGUGGUAUGAAGACAGGCAUGAAAGGACCUCAGAGACAGAUUCUGGAUAAGUCCUACUACUUGGGCCUUCUUAGGAGUAAGAUUAACGAGUUAACCACUGAGACCAGCAAACUGCAUAAAGAGAUUGACAACUACAACCAGGAGAAUUCUGUUUAUCUCUCCUACGAGAAAAGAGCUGAAGUCCUGGCUGCAGAGAUAAAGGAUCUACAAGGCCAGCUUGCUGACUAUAAUAUGCUGGUGGACAAACUCAACACCAACACAGAGAUGGAGGAAAUGAUCAACGACUACAACAUCUUGAAAGCCCAGAAUGACAGUGAGGCUGAAAGCAUUGACAGCAUCUUCACUGAGAGGAGAGAAAGAGAGGAGGCUAUCAGGGCGAUGGAAGAAGAGAUCAGGAGGGAGAGGCGGGUCGCUGACGAGGUCGUCCAGGCGAUGCCGGCUGCAAAGCAAGAGAAGUAUUUCACCAUGACGACAGCCAAUGAGGAACUGCUGCAGGAGCUAACUGGUCUCCAGGAGGAGCUCGACAUUCUGAUAACCAGGAAGGAGGACUAUGACGCUGAGAUGUCCCACUCACACAUAAAGCAGGAAGUGGUACGGCUUCAUGAGACCCUGUCAGCACUGGAGACGAAGCGGGACACCAUGGAGGCGGAGCACAAGAGCCUGGGCUCCCCACAGGAGGAGAGAGAGCAGCUAUUUAAACAGGUGAAGGCGGACAACCAGGAAAUUGCCAGCAUGGAGAGACAGCUGACAGAGAUCAGAGAGCGGACAGGACAAAUCACAGAGGACAUCCGACAGCUGGAGCAGGACUCAGAGGAAGCACACGGGGAGUGUCAUCAGAAAUACAAAGAGCUGAAGAAGAAAGAAGAAGACAUUGACCGGUACGUGGAGUCAUAUGAGGAGCUCAGGGCUCAGGAGGAGGACAAGAUGACACAGAGCGAGGAGAACGUCAUCUCCCUCCUGGAACACUGCAGCAGAAACAUGUUGCGGCUCCACCGGGUGGAUACAGUGACAGCCAGUGAGCUGAGGAACAUGCAGGAGGUGCUGGUCAGCAAGGAGACGGAGGUGGUGCAAUCAGAGAGUACUGCCAGAGGACUCACAACUGAGUCCCAGCGUCUGCAGCAGGACCUGGAGAAGGUGCAGCAGCUGGAGGGAAAGAUCUCAGGUGAGCUCAGCACCCUGCAGGAGCGAGUCGACACCAUGGAGUCGGAGCUGGUCACCUACCGAGACCUGGACACCCUGCGGUUCACAGCAGAGGAGAAGAAAAAGAGACUCCAGGAGGACAGCGUGUCACUGACUCAGCGCCACGAAUCAUUCAGGCAGCUGCUGGAGGAAAUGAACCAGAAAUAUGAAGCUCUGAAGACCAAACUGCAGGAAAACGAGACUCAUUCUCAGCUGGCUAACCUUGAGAGGAAAUGGCAACACUCGGAGCAGAACAACUUUGUAAUGAAAGAGUUCAUCGCCUCGAAAUCUCAGGAGAGCGACUACGCUUCAGUCGCAAAGAACGUCUUCCAACAAGUGUCCGAGUACAACAAGAGUCUGAUCGAGUCGCUGCAGAACAACAAGAGUUAAACACACAUAAAAAAACAUGGCAGUCACAGCAGAUGACUGUUUUUUAUGUGUGUUUAU